AUGGCCUCGCUGGAGGGCUGCCGCUGCCGGGGACCCAGCGGCCGGAACCACAGCAGCAUCCUCUACAGCAUUCUGAAGAGUGACAGCCUCGUUGGCACCGAGGAACAACAACAACAACAACAGCAACAACAGCAACAACAUCCACAAGAACAGCAACACCAAACACUGCAACACCUGCUCCACAAGACCUCCUCCUCCUCCUCCUCCUCGUCCUCCUCCUCCAGCACCGCAGCCUCCUCCGGGCCGGCCUCGCUGCAGGAGCUCCGGCAGCAGGCGUGCUCCUGCGGCUCGGCGCGCCGCCGGGGAGUGCUCCGAGCCCCGCAGGUGACGUGCAAGGCGGCGUCGGCGGUGCUGGUGAAGACGCUGCGCUUCGUGAAGAACGUGCCGUGCUUCCGGGAGCUGCCGGAGGACGACCAGCUGGUGCUCAUCCGCAGCGGCUGGGCCCCGCUGCUGGUGCUCGGGCUGGCGCAGGACCGGGUGGACUUCGACACCACGGAGACGGUGGAGCCCAGCAUGCUGCAGCGCAUCCUCACCGGCGUGCCCGAGCCGAGCCAGGCCGAGCCCCCCGCCGGGCAGACCAGGGGGGCGGCGGCGGCGGCCGGGAGAGGGGUGUCCGUGGUGGACAUCGAGGCGAUCCGAGCGUUCCUGAAGAAGUGCUGGAGUGUGGAUAUCAGUACCAAGGAGUACGCGUACCUGAAGGGAGCCGUGCUCUUUAACCCGGAUCUGGAGGGUCUGCGCUGCCUCCACUACAUCCAGUCGCUGCGCAGGGAGGCGCACCAGGCUCUGAACGAGCACAUCCGGCUCAUCCACCGGGAGGACACGACGCGCUUCGCCAAGCUGCUCAUCGCCCUGUCCAUGCUGAGGGCCAUCAGCCCGCCGGUGGUCGCACAGCUCUUCUUCAGACCCGUCAUAGGCAGCGUGAACAUCGAGGAGGUGCUCAUGGAGAUGUUCUACGGGAAGUGA